AUGGUGGAUAAUGAUAAAGUUUCAAAUGAUCUUAAUUUACUUCCUGAUCUCAACAACGAUGCCUUCACGCCGUUCGCUAGUCUUGAAUUCGAUUCAUCCAUGAUCGAUCUUCUAAACUUGGAAGAUGGAGGAGAGACACCAAACCUCUUACCAGAACAUAAUCCGUUUCUUGAAUCUCUAAUUGGACUUCAAGAACAAGAAAAAGAAGAAAAUCAACAUGCGGUUGUUGAAACAGAAUCUCCAAAGGUGUACAUUGCACCAAGAGUCAUGAUAAACCAUCAAGACUCGUUUUCGCUAGACUCUCCAAUCGACGAUUCCAUCGAAGACGCAAGGAUCACUCUGCCUGAUUCACCUAGAGACAUCCAAGAUCUUGGUCUCUCACGUCUUAGAGUUCCUGGCUCACCAAGAGCCUUCGUGCUUCCAAGAACAUCAACAACGAGUCCGCGUUUUGGCUCACCAACAAGUCCUGCUCUGAUCGAUACCACUGCACCGUUCGAAUCGGUCAAGGAUGCAGUUUCCAAGUUUGGAGGGAUCACAGAUUGGAAAGCACAUAACAUCCAGAAAAUAGAGAGAAAGAAGACGGUGGAUCAAGAACUUGAGAAGAUACAAGAGGACAUGCCUGAGUACAAGAAGAAAGCUGUUGUAGCGGAAGAGGCGAAUCAACAGGUGGUGAUGGAGCUUGAGAGGACAAAGAGUGUCAUCGAGGAGCUAAAACUCGAGCUAGAAAAGGCUGAAAAGGAAGAGCAACAAGCGAAACAAGACUCUGAUCUCGCGAAGCUGCGUGUGGAGGAGAUGGAGCAAGGCAUAGCUGAUGAGUCAAGCAUUGCAGCUAAAACACAGCUCGAGGUGGCUAAAGAAAGGCAUCUGUCGGCGAUUUCCGAGCUAGGACAUGUAAGAGAGGAGAUAGAAAUUGUUUCUAAUGAGUAUGAGUCUUUGUUGAAGGAAAAAGAUUCGGCUGCGAAGAAAGCAGAGGACUCUGUUUCGGAAGCUAAAAAUGUAGAGCAACAUAUGACAGGUUUGACGAUAGAGGUGAUUGCAACCAAGGAGCUACUGAGGUCAGCGCAAGUGGCUCAUCUGGAAGCUGACGAGAAGAAACUUGAGGCAGCCAUGGCUAGAGACCAGGACGUUUAUAACCGAGAGAAGGAGCUGAAAAUGGUGGAAGACGAGAUCGAGAGGCUUAGACAAGACAUGAAUGCGGCUGAUGACGUGAAGAUCAAGCUUGAGACUGCUUCUGUGCUUCAGCAAGAUUUGAGAGCCGAGAUAGCUUCUUACAAAGACUCUAACGAUUUGGGGAAGAGAAACAACAGUGACAUACAAGCAGCUGUUGAUUCGGCGAGGAAGGAGCUCGAAGAAGUUAGAUCCAACAUUGAGAAAGCUGUUUCCGAGGUGAAGACAUUGAAGAUCAUUGUCGGAUCAUUGCAGUCUGAGCUUGAAAGAGAGAAGAAAGAUCUCUCAGAGACUAAAAAGAGAGAAGCUAUUUCGAUUCAGAGAAACACAGAAGAGGCAAGAGACGAGAGAAGUAAAGAAAUAGCCAAGAAGUUGCAAGAAGCUAGCAGAGAGGCAGAGGAGGCAAAGUCACUCGCCAUAGCUUCUCGAGAGGAGCUGAUAAAGGCGAAGGAAGAGUCGGAUAAAGCGAAAACAGGUGUCUCUGAGAUCGAACGUCAGUUAAUGGAGGCGAAGAAGGAAAUGGAAGCUGCAAAAGCUUCUGAGAAGUUAGCCCUAGCUGCUAUAAAAGCCUUGCAAGAGACGCAAUGUUGUAAAAACAUUGAGGACAUUAGUAGCUCACCAAGAAACGUAAUCAUUUCUGUGGAGGAAUAUUAUGAGCUAAGCAAGCAAGCACAUGAGGUAGAGGAGGCUGCGAACAGAAAGCUAGCAGAGAUCGUCUCUCAGAUCGAAGUGGCCAAGGAAGAGGAAGAGAGAGUGUUGGAGAAGCUAGAGGAAGUGAAUAGAGAAACAGCUUCUCAAAAGGAAGAGUUGAAAGAAGCAAUGGUGAAAGUGGAAAAGGCUAGAGACGGGAAGGUCGGUAUGGAUCACGAGCUGCGAAAAUGGAGGUCGGAGAACGGGAAUCGGAGCCCUGAGGCGGGACAAAAGGAGAAUCAGCAUGACUUGGGAAAGUCGAAAUCUGCUUUACAUUCAGUAAGAUCGUUUGCAUUUGGUGAACAAGGAAGCAGCAGCAAUGCUGGAGAGAGUAGUAAAGUGACACCUGAAGCAAAGAAGAAGAAGAAGAGAUUCUCUAUGCUGCCUAAAGUCUUCAUGUUCUUGUCAAGAAAGAAAUCAAACAAGUGA